CUCUACAGUUAAUUUCCCCACAAUGUACGCGCUGCUAACGAUUCUUGCUGUGUCUGCAGUUGCAGUUGCAGCUGACAAUCAGACUGCCUUGGAGGAAGAGGAGUUAAAGUUUGAGAACAUUAUAACCAAUGGCUGUCCAGCCUACGAGGGCAAGGCACCGUACAUUGUGGGUCUAAAGAUGGGCAAGAAUAAUGAGAACGGAGACUGGCUAGGCGCUGGCACUAUCAUUGCACAUAACUGGGUGCUGACUGCCGCCCACUGCAUCGCAGAAGCUGACUUUGCGGAAAUACAUUACGGUUCUAAUCGGGCCUGGAAUGGCCAAUACAAUCACAAGGUCUAUAAGCCCAACUUCAUUCUACACGAGAAUUCGCGAUUUGAUAUCGGUCUCAUACGCACUCCCCACGUUGACUUCCACUCGAGGGUGAAUAAGGUUAAUCUACCCAAGAUAAGUCAACGCAACGAACAAUUCGAGAACUCUUGGGCUGUGGCCUGUGGCUGGGGAGGAAUGGCGAAUGGACAACUUGCCGACUGGUUGCAGUGCAUCGAUGUGCAGAUCAUAAGCAAUGACGAAUGUCGUCGCACCUUUGGAUCAGGCUUGCUCGAUGAAAUAUUGUGCACAAGGACCACGGGUGGUACAUCACCGUGUGGCGGUGAUUCUGGUGGACCUUUGGUCACCCACGACAGUCCCGUUUUGGUUGGCAUCACAUCAUUCGGCGCCGCUGGUCCCUGCACAGGAGGACAUCCCGCAGGCUUCACACGUGUGAGCUCCCACAUCGAAUGGAUACGAGACAAGUCUGGGGUGGCAUAUUACUAGGAAUCGUCAGAAUGGCUCGCUCUUUGAUUUUAAAUAUUGAUUUCAAAUGAAAUGCAUGCAAAUAAAAUUAAACUGUUGUUACUUAAA